GAUGAAACAGGUGCCUAUUUAAUAGACAGAGACCCAACCUACUUUGGGCCAGUGCUGAACUAUCUCAGGCAUGGCAAACUGGUUAUUAACAAGGACCUAGCUGAGGAAGGUGUACUGGAAGAGGCUGAAUUCUACAAUAUCACGUCACUAAUAAAACUGGUAAAGGACAAAAUAAGAGAAAGAGACAGCAAAAUCUCACAGGUGCCAGUCAAACAUGUGUACAGGGUACUGCAGUGCCAGGAAGAGGAACUCACUCAAAUGGUUUCCACAAUGUCUGAUGGCUGGAAAUUUGAACAGCUGGUCAGUAUUGGUUCUUCCUAUAACUAUGGCAAUGAAGAUCAGGCAGAAUUUCUGUGUGUUGUCUCAAAGGAAUUGCAUAACACUCCCUAUGGCACAACCAGUGAACCCAGUGAAAAAGCAAAGAUUUUGCAAGAACGAGGUUCCAGGAUGUGAAGACAAUAUUGAACGGUGACAAUUUUUUCUCUUUUAUUCCAAGACACAGUGAAUUGUCACACUGAAAAGGCUCGGCUGCAAAAGAAAAUAUCUGAUUUAGACAAUACUCUGUUGAUCUGGGUUCAACCAUUUUUGCCUAUAAGCUGGUGUCAACUGGCUGAAAGCAUUGCAAGAUUACCUAAUGGGAAUAGAUGGUGUGGGAGUGUGUGUUAAGUUUUGGUUGUAGUGCAUGGUUGUACCCUCUUGUGGGCUGACAGACACUGGUCUUCUGAAAAGAAAUGACCAUGCACUCAUAUUUUCCUCUGAGACAUGUAGCACUUGAUGUCUGGUGCUGGAUGACCCAGUGUUGAUCAGUUUGGAGACGUUUUCCUACUAAUCAUUGUAAACAUUUAAAGGACAAUGUAAUUGGUGCUACACACACAUUACAGCCCACAAAUGCACAUAUUUGGGGUCUACAUUGUUUCAGAAUCAGUGCCAGCCCCAGUUGACUGUGUUAUACUGCACAUUCCUUAUGGCUUUGUGACAUACUCUAUUAUGUAAUGACAGUCUAGGAGAUCAACUGAAACUGGCAUGUAAAAAGUUACACAGGGAGGCAAAAGGUUUCUCUAAAGGAAGG